AUGAGUCGCAGUCCAGAGAGGAUCUCGUCGUACCGUCGGCACUUUGAGGACCGCAGCUCCUCCUCAUACCACCUGCGUGUGUCAAGCCCAUCUCCUUCUCAUCGACAUCGCUCUGCUAGCUACAACCGCAGUGCCACUGCAACCAGCCUGCAUACCGAGAGGAAGGGGAUGAGAACCUCCUCCAGCUCACGGUCACCAGGUCUGACCAGCAUGAGCAUGAGUGCCCUCUGCCUGAGCACCGGAAUGGGUGCUGCCCUGGACCUGGACGCUGCAGUUGCAGAAAACCGUGAAUUCCUCACUACGCGCACUAGCGAGCGGCAGGAGAUGGUGGUGCUCAAUGACAGGCUGGCGGCAUACAUCGAAAAGGUUCGGACCCUGGAGCAGGACAAUAAGCUGCUGGAGACGGAGAUUGAGGAGCUGCGAAAGCGACCUGUCAAGCCAUCGGGGCUGCGAGCGCUGUAUGAAGAGCAGCUAAGGGAGCUGAACAGAAUAGCUGAGCAGAUGAGAGCCCAACGGGACCUAGCUCUUGCUGCAAAAGCAGUCAUGGCAUCUCAGUUGGAUAUGCUUAAAGUUAAAUAUGAGGAGGCAGCAGAGACAAGGAAGAAGGCAGAGCUUGAGAUAGAAGCGUUCCGUCCAGAUGUUGACGCAGCUACCUCUGCACGUAUCGCCCUGGAGAAGCAACUGGAGAACCUAGAAGUGCAACUUGAAUUUCUCAAGAGAGUGCAAAAAGAGGAAAUUGAGGAGCUAAUGCAGCAGAUAUACAACUCAGUAGCCAAGGUUGAGGUGGCCUUCUCUCUUCCAGACUUAGCUGCUGCCCUAAAACAAAUUCAAUCAGAGUACGAUGUCAUCGCUGCCAAGAAUCUGCAGGAAAUGGAUGCUUGGUAUAAAAGUAAAUUUGAUGACCUAAACAAUGCAUCCACCGAACAUGCAGAAAAGGUUCGAAAUAUGAGAAGAGAAAUCGCAAACCUCAAAAGAGAUAUUGAAAACAAACAGCAUGAGCUUGAGUCACUGAAGGCCAGGCAUGAGAUGUUGGAGGCACAGAUCCGUGAUGCUCGAGAAAGACACAAGAAAGCGAUAAAUGAGCUGGAGGACAACACUGAAAGACUUAGGAUUGAGCUGAAAUCCACCAAAGAGAAAGCUGCACUUCACCUGCACAAAUAUCAGGACCUGCUGAAUGUGAAGAUGGCCUUGGAGAUAGAAAUAAUGACUUACAGGAAACUGAUUGAGGGCGAGGACUCACGCUUGACCGGUAUGGUGCAAGCUUUGUCGUUGACGAGUGGUGGCCUGCGUGUGAAUGCCCUUGUUGGCCCUGGUGUGGGGACACUUGUGCAAGGCCCCGUUGAAACCGUCGAGAGACAUUCAAAAGAACAGGCAGUGGAGACGACCGAGAGAAAAACCCUGCUCAUCAGAACAGUUAAAACAGAAGAUGACGUUAUGCAAAGCAACAGGGAGGAGCGAACUAUGAUCAUUUCUGGCACAGCCGACUCAGAUGAAGACUAGAGAACACAGCUUCUUGUCUUAUCCCUCAUUGGAAGGACUUCAGAUACCACAAAGGGAUAUCUUUACUACCUUAGCGCUUUGCACUUCUAUUUUGCUAGA